AUGGCGAUCAUAACAGAAGAGGUAGAGCCAGAAUCACCAAAAGAAAACCAGAAAAUCCCCAAAAAUCCAACCCCGGAACCUUCAAAAUCAACUCCAAAGCCUACCAUAAACACCCAAACCCAAAAUCCCUUUGCCUUCUGGUUCUAUUUCACCUUCGGUAUCUCUCUCAUCACUUUCCUCUUCGUCUCCUUUUCAUCUUUGUCCCCACAAGACCCCAAAUCCUGGUUCCUUUCUUUGCCCUACCCCCUACGCCUACACUACUCAAAUGGCAGAAUCAUCAAGGUGCAAACGUCUCCAAACCAAUCUCCGAUUGAGGUUUUUGUUUCUGAAAAUGGUCAGUUGUCGUCAUCUGAGAAUGUUAUGGUCGUUCAUGGGUUGGGACUGAGUUCUUAUUCCUAUAGGGAAAUGAUAAAGGUAUUAGGCUCAAAAGGAGUUCAUGUUAUAGCCCUUGAUUUACCCGGAAAUGGGUUUUCAGAUAAAUCUAGGGUAGAGGUUGAAGAAGGGACAAAUGGAAUUUUGGGGAGGUUCAAGGAAGUUUAUAGCUUGAUCCAAGAAAAGGGUGUGUUUUGGGCUUUUGAUCAAAUGGUUGAAACUGGUGAACUGCCUUAUGAAGAGAUAAAAUCUAGAGUAUUGGUUAAAAAGAGUGUUAAUGUGAUUGAGAUCGGAAGUGAAGAGAUGGGGAGUGUUAUGGGCCAAGUUAUAGGAACGAUGGGGUUAGCUCCGGUGCAUUUGGUUUUACAUGAUUCUGCUUUUCUUAUGGCUGCAAAUUGGAUUUCUGAGAAUUCAAGGUUCAUUAGAAGCAUAACUCUUAUUGAUACCGGACUAAAACCAGCUUUACCUACAUGGGUUCUGAACAUUCCUGUGGUUAAUGAGAUUGUGUUGAGGUUUUCAUUUGUUUAUGCAAGGUUUAUAAACUUGUGUUGCACAAAGGGGAUUAACCAGUCGGAGUUGGAAGCACAUAGAUAUCUUUUAAAGGGGUGGGAGGCUAGAAAAGCUGUUGUGGGGAUCGAGAAGAAGCUGAAUCAUAGUUUUAAUGUAGAAGAAUGGGGAGGUUUGGAUGGUAUAAAAGGUAUGCCAAUGCAGGUACUUUGGUCUAAUGACUGGUCAGAUGAAUGGAGUAAAGAGGGCAAACGAAUUGCCGAAGCACUUCCUGGUGCAAAAUUUGUCACUCAUUUUGGUGGGAGGUGGCCUCAGGAAAGUAUUGCUGGUGAAGUAGCUGAGAAUGUAGCUCAGUUUGUAACUUCAUUGCCAAAAACAGUUAGACAAGUUGAGGAAGAACCCAUUCCUGAGCAUAUUCAGAAAAUGUUUGAUGAAGCAAAAGACUCUGACCGUCAUCACCACCACCACCACCAUCAUGGUCAUGGACAUGAUCAUGAUCAUGCAGCUGGAUUCAUGGAUGCAUACGGGCUUGGUCACACAUGGGACAGUUGAGAUGCGUUUCCUCCUAUUUCAAUGGAUCUAAGGGUGCCAUCAUCUGCCAUGUGUGCUAUUUUUUUGCUGUUUUUCAGGUACUUACUGUUUGUUCAACCUUCUUACAUUAAACUUAAAGUUUGUAACUUGUGAGACGUUUUUUUUUUCCAAUUUAGGAAAGAAAACUGUUUUUUGUUGGAGGGGGAUCUGUUUCCCCCCCCCCCACCAAUUUAGUAAGCUAUGGUGCAUUUUGAAAUUGAGCAACUGAAGGCUUGAGUACUGUAGUGCUUGAUUUGAGUAA